AUGCGACAGCUCCCGCCUCUCCUUUCGAAUCCUAGACCGAAACUUCCUGUCCAGCCAAAAUGCCCUGCGUGCUCGAUUUCACGAUCUGCGCGGUCUGCAGGUCCCAGAUGCCGCCCUCUUUCCACCGCCUCUCGUCAUCCUCCCCGCAGAACCCCCUCCACCAAUCUUCAUGCGACAGCCGAUCAAGGAAUCUAUAAUCCCUGGAAUGACUCGCCUAGUCGGCCCGGCUCUGUGUCUUCGACAGCAUCGUUCUCUACUACCGCGUCUCUCGACACUCUCCCGGACUGGGACGAAAACCCGAAUCUGUCCAUCUCCAAUUUCUCGGAACUGCCUUCGAAGAAUUUUGGUGUGAACCAGCAUCUGGUCAUCGAUGCGGAAUUUAAGGAGGCUCUCCGCCAAAUACUUUGGAGAUUUCGAGCUCCAAUCAGAUACGCGUUCGCCUAUGGAUCCGGGGUCUUCACGCAGACGUCCGACGCACCAGCAUCUAGCCAAGGCCACUCGUCACCCCCCUCGGCAAUCCAGGCGGUUCAGCAGGGGAAGGGAAAGAUGAUCGACUUCAUAUUUGGGGUUUCUCACAGUCAGCAUUGGCACUCGCUCAACCUCAACGAACAUCGUGACCAUUAUUCGGGACUCGGGUCGCUGGGUUCCUACGUUGUCUCGCAGAUGCAGGACAGAUGGGGUGCGGGCGUCUAUUUCAACCCUUAUGUCACCGUGAAUGGGACACUGAUCAAGUACGGCGUGGUCAGCAUCGAUACCUUAUGUAGAGAUCUUAGCGAGUGGGACACACUCUACCUCGCGGGCCGUCUGCACAAACCGGUGAAGAUCCUCCGUGAUCAUCCAAGAGUGCGCCUGGCGAACCAGGUCAACCUCCUGUCCGCGUUGCGGGUAGCUCUUCUACUGCUGCCCGAGGAAUUUACCGAGUUCGAGUUGUACACCACUAUUGCCGGGAUCAGCUAUAUGGGCGAUCUCCGCAUGUCCCUACCGGCCGAAGAUCCUGGCAAAGUCAAGAACAUCGUUAAGGGGCAGAUGGAUUAUUUCCGGCGGCUAUAUGCCCCGCUGAUUGAGAAUCUGCCCAACUGCACGUUCAACGAUUAUCGCUGCUCCGACUCGGACUGGAUCGAUGAUCCGGAAGCGAACGUGAAGCUGAAUCAGGACAUGGACCCGGUGAAGCGAGGGAACAUGGUGCGUCGACUACCCAAGGCAUUCCGUGAAAAGCUAUAUUUCCAGUACCAGGCGCGAUAUCAGAUCCCGCGCGCGGAGUUCUUGAAGAUGAUGGAACAGACCAGUGAUGAAGACCCGGAAAGAAUUCAUCGGCGACAAGGUGGUCCGUUUGAGCAAAGGAUCGCUGCGGACGAUCAUCUGAAGCAAGAACUUCAGCAGACAAUCACAAAGACGAUCCGCUGGCCCAGUACAGUGCAGAGCGUCAAGGGGCUGUUCACCGCCGGUUUUGGACGGACGUGGCGUUACCUUCGCGAGAAGCGCGAGAAAUACACCAGCUCUUCAAAGCCAGACGCUGAAUCUCCCCACUCUUCCGAGACAAGCAAGUCAAAAGAGAAUUAA